AUGAUCAAAAACAUUGGCAAAUUCAAGCAGUGGACAGGGGAAAAGAUGGGCAAGGCCCAGAAGACGCGCAUGGAUGAUGAUUUCAAUGCUCUCCAGGCCGAGACCGAGGCUAGGCGAGUUGCUUUGGAUAAACUUGACGAGACCUCACAGGCUUACCUAAAAGUCCUCAGUAAGCAAGUGGAGGGUGAGCACAAGGUCAAGGGUCUAGCCAUUGAAAUGUUUGGCUUGAGCAUGUAUUCAAAGGCACAAGUGAUCCAGGAAGGAUCAAGCUAUCGGGACUCUUUAUUAGCGAUGGCAGAGGCACAUCAGGCCAUUGGGUCGGCACAGAAUGACAUGAUUUUUCAUUUCAAAGGAUCAUAUCUCGAGUGUCUGGAGAAGGAACAGGAGCGGAUGAAAGAAUAUCAGGCAUUGCAAAAGAAGCUGCAGUCUCGGAGACUGGAUUAUGAUGCUAAAUUAGCAAAGGUCCAAAAGGCCAAAAAAGAAAAACCAGAAUGGGAAGAGGAAAUGCAAGCAGCUAAAGCAAAGUACGAGGACACUCGGGAGUCCAUGCUUACUACCAUGACCUCCAUCAUUGAUGCUCAGGACGAAAAUGUAUAUGGGCUAAAGGUCUAUUAUGAUGCCUUGUUGGCAUUUGCACGCAAGAUGGUCGAGACUCUUGAGGCAAUCCCUGAAAGCACAUUUACAACUUCUUUUUCACCCAGCAAUGGCUCCCAUUCCGAUAAAAUCACUUCGCCCUCUUCAAAAAGGAUAAGCAGACAAAUAUCACGUGAAACAGAUGAAGACCAUCGGUCGAUUUAUUCAGAUGAUCAGAACAGCAGCGGUAGAAGCAGCACCAGCAGCACCAGUAGCAGAAACUAUAAUAAUAAUAAUAACAAUAACACCAAUAAUAAGCGCAACUCUGUCUCCAUCUCUACAGCACGACACAUGCCAGCGCCCCUUGACCGAGCAGCAUCCGUCUCUGAUCUACGUCGUCAGUCUACUUUUAACAAUCAAUACCAGCGUGGGUCUUCUGACCUGAGUCGGUCGACAUCCUUUUUGAGCACCAAUGGAACAUCCAAGAACAACAUUCCUGCAUUUUCAAAGACAAACGGGAUUGUCUCUUCAACAACAGCAGCCUCACCACCUCGUACGACGAAGCCACAAAAGCAAGUUAGGGCUCUCUACAACUUUGAGGCCACAGGAGAUGGUGAAUUGUCCCUUCAAAAGGGUGAUAUCAUCCGGAUCAUCGAAGAGAUCGAUGCAGGGUGGUGGGAAGGUGAAUUGGUAGAUACAAAUGGUAUGCGACAUGAAGGCAUGUUCCCUUCCAACUAUGUCGAGGAAAUAGUACCCAGCAAUGACUCUAGACCUGGAUUCGGAUCGGGAUCCAAUAGAAGAAAAUCCUCGCUCAACUCUGUCUCAUCAAUAUUAGAACCAACAACAACACGACAUUAUCAGGAUGAGGAAGAGGCCGCCUAUCAUGAACGAGAAUCACCCACUGGCUCCUACUAUGAAGAUCCAGAACCGGAGCCCCUAAUUGAGCAACAACAUCAACAAAGUUCUAUCCCUGGAUUUACAAAAAGAGCUCCCCCUCCCCCUCCCGCACGCCAACCUAAUUCGUCCGCCACUGCCACCACCACUACUCCUCUAACUUCUACAGCCAUGGCCAAAGCCACUCCUCGUCCAGUUUCAACCAUCAUGCCUCACACGAAAGCAGCUGUGGGUUGUAGAGCAGCUCCACCGCCCCCUCCAGCCUCACGCCGUGCACCUCCAUUGCCAGUCUCUACUUCUACAGAUACGUUGCGACACAGUGUCAUCUUACCUCAGGGACCAUUGACGCCUUCUGUAUUAGGAGGAGGAGGAGGAGGAGUGUCCACCCCUGGUAUGGGCUAUAUUCCCAAGGACUAUUUUGCGAACCAGAAUGUAGCAGCGACGAAUGAUAUGGGCCCUUGUCGUGAAUGCAACUGUACAGAGUUUAAUCCUAAUGUCUUUAAACGCGGAUCAUGUAACAAUUGCUUUCAUGCUCACUAA